AUGCAAGCUGUCCUCCGAGAUGCCCCUUUCGGGCAGCUUGUCCGUCUCGUAACCAAAAACAAAUACUUUCAAUAUCCUGAGGAGAAAGCCGACUUCAAGCUGCCUGACGAAUGGAUCAAGGUUAUGGACGGGUCGGACGCUGCCGCCGGCUCCGAAGACACUCAAACCGAAGCUCGACCCGAAGCUCAAACCGAAGCUCAAGCCGAAGCUCAGACUGAAGCUCAAGCCGAAGCUCAACCCGAAUCCCAAUCAUCAGAACCCGACAGUGACGAAAGUCUCAGUCAUGUCUCGACCCAAAAUAGUCUACCCUCAACAGAAACUCGGCUUGAAACGGACGAGCAACACGAGAUUGAAAAGAUCAAGUCCAUUCCCAUUUGUCCGAAAAAGACCAAAGAUGGCACUAUCCUGGUCGACUGGUACUAUACCGAUGACGCCGAGAAUCCACACAACUGGUCUAAUCUCAAGCGUGCUCUGACGACCACAAUCAUCUGCCUCUAUACUUUCGUAGUAUACACCACAUCCGCCAUCUACACUUCAUCGGAGGGAGGGGUCAUGAAGGAAUUCGGCGUCAGUCAGAUAGUCGCUACAUUGGGUCUCUCGCUGUAUGUCCUUGGAUAUGGGACCGGUCCCUUGAUCUUCUCACCGAUGAGUGAGAUCCCCAUUAUUGGGCGCAACCCAGUCUAUAUCGUGACCAUGUUCCUCUUCGUCAUCAUCUCCAUCCCGACAGCUUUCGUGGGCAAUUUUGCGGGCCUGAUGGUGCUCCGGUUUCUGCAGGGAUUCUUCGGCUCACCAUGUCUUGCCUCAGGCGGUGCUUCGAUCGGCGAUUUGUAUAGUUUAAUGUCUCUGCCCUACGCCAUGAUGGCUUGGGUUGCUGCCGCGUACUGCGGACCUGCCCUCGGUCCACUCCUCAGCGGCUUCUCUGUCCCCGUCGAGGGCUGGCGCUGGGCUCUCUUCGAAUCGAUUUGGGCCUCAGCCCCUGUGUUCCUCCUCAUGUUCUUCUUCCUCCCGGAGACUAGCGGCCCGACGAUCCAGUACCGGCGUGCAAGUCGUCUCCGCCGAAUCUACAACGAUAGUCGCUUCAUGUCUCAGUCUGAGAUUGACCAGCGCAAUAUGCGCGUUUCGGAUGUCACUGUGGAUGCGCUCAUCAAGCCCAUGGAAAUUACGAUCAAGGAUCCCGCGGUGCUCUUCGUCCAGGUUUACACGGCCAUCAUCUACGGAAUCUACUACUCCUUCUUCGAGGUCUUCCCGCUGGUCUACCCGGCCGACUACAACAUGAACCUCGGCGAAAUCGGUCUAGUUUUCCUAUGUAUCUUGGUAUCUUGCAUCGUCGCCAUCGCCAUCUACUUUUCCUACAUAUACUUCUGGAUGAACCCGCGCAUCGUCCGCUUUGGAUUUCCGGCGCAAGAGUCGCGCCUGAUCCCAGCACUGCCCGCCUCGUUUGGUCCGACAAUUGGUCUCUUCCUCUUCGCCUGGACAGCUCGCGCCUCAAUUCACUGGAUCGUGCCUACCAUUGGAAUCACCAUCUACGGCGGGUCGGUGUUCAUUGUCAUGCAGUGUGUUUUCGUUUAUAUCCCGCUCAGCUACCCCAAGUACGCUGCCAGUCUGUUUGCUGCAAAUGAUUUCUUCCGCAGUGCGUUGGCUUGUGGCAGUGUGCUCUUUGCGCACCCAUUAUUCGGCAAUUUGGGCGUUGCUCGUGGUGUAAGCGUCCUCGGUGGGCUGAGCGUUAUUGGUAUUAUUGGUAUCUGGCUGCUUUACUUCUAUGGUGCGAGACUGCGUGCUUUGAGCAAGUUUGCUCUCUCGCCCGGAGCGUCAUUUGGAUAA